AUGUUGACAUUCAAACUUUCUUCAUCUACCAACAUCUACACUUUCAUCCUCUUAUUUCUUCUACUACUCAAUAUUUCUCUAUGUUCAUCUAUCAUACUACCUACUACCCUAAUCCUUCCGGUCACCAAAGACUCAUCAACCCUACAAUACAUUACAGUAAUAGGGCAAAGAACUCCUUUAAUACCCGUAAACUUCACAGUCCACCUUGGUGGCGAAAGCUUGGUGGUGGACUGUGAAAGUGGUUACACCAGCUCAACUUACAAACCGGCUCGAUGUAAGUCCAAACAAUGUUCUUUUGCCAAGGUUAAGUUUGAUGCUUGUGGAGACUACUGCCUAACAAAACCUAAACCUGGAUGCAACAACAAUACAUGCCAUACUCUAGUUGGAAAUCCCGUUAUUACUACUUAUACAUUCGGUGCAGAACUUGCUGAGGAUGUGUUGGCAAUUGGGACAUCGCCAAUCGUCCUUGUCUCUCAGCCAAAAUUUAUCUUCACUUGCGUUGAAUCUUAUAUAAUGAAACGUCUCGCCAAAGGAGUCACAGGAAUUGCAGGUUUUGGACACAAUAGUACAAUAUCCAUUCCUAAUCAACUUGCUUCAUUAGACUCAAAAUUUACCAGGAAGUUUGGUAUUUGCUUGAGCUCAUCUACAAGAUUUAGUGGAGUUAUUUUCAUCGGUUCUAGUCCAUAUUAUGUUUACAAUCCUAUGAUUGAUAUCUCCAAGAAUCUUGUAUACACCCCACUAGUUGGAAAUCCCAUGGACUGGUUGACUCCUAUGGAGUACCAUGUUAAUGUUUCAUCCAUUCGAAUCGCGGGAAAAGAUGUGCCACUUAAUAAAACAUUGUUAUCUAUUAAUGAUCAAGGACAUGGUGGGACGAGAAUCAGCACAACAAUACCUUUCACAAUCUUGCACACUAGCAUUUAUGAAGCUGUUAAAACUGCUUUCAUCAACGCACUUCCUAAGAAUGUGACAAUGGUAGAUCCUCCUAUGAAGCGAUUUGGAGCUUGCUUUAGUUCAAAAAACAUUAAGAUCACAAACGUUGGACCAGAUGUUCCUGUGAUCGAUUUUGUUUUCCACAAGAAGAGUGCAUUUUGGAGAAUUUAUGGGGCAAAUUCGGUGGUACAAGUUAGUAAGGAUGUUAUGUGUUUAGCAUUUGUUGGAGUAGACCAAACAUGGAAACCAUCGAUUGUGAUUGGAGGAUAUCAAUUGGAAGAGAACUUGUUGGUAUUUGAUCUUCCACAUAAGAAGAUAGGUUUCAGCUCCUCACUCAAGCUCCAGCAAACAUCAUGUUCCAAGUACGAUCACGCGUCUAAAAGUUAA